AUGUCGCCUCGCCUUGGUAAUAGCGAUCAACUUAAAUUAGAAUAUAACGUUCAAUGUAUGUACAUAUCAUUGUCUGUCUCGAAAUACCUGGAUAUCAAAUACGUGUAUCUGGCCGGUGGAGGAGUUGGCAAAAUAGUCAUGGAGUCAAGACGUCGACCACUGAAAACGCCUCCAUUGAAGACAAUUGUUCGAAAGUAUCCGUUCUUCGUGGUCGGAUUGCCUUUCAUACUUUCUGUAAUAGCUGGUUCAUAUGGGCUGAGCUUUAUGACGCAAACAAGAUAUGAUGCUUAUGCGAAGCGCGUCAAGUCUUUGGAUAGCGAGGAAAAAUUAAAGAUGGAUCCGAAACGGAGAAAGCUGAAUGCUCAGGAAGAAUACUGGAGAUUACAAGCAAAAGAAGGACAAUUUAAAAAUUGGGAGAGCCAACGUGUUCCAAGGCCCGAAAAUGCAUUUGAUGGAAAGUUUUAA